AUAAUGAAUCGCUUCGUCACAAGAUCCAAGCCUACUCAACCUACUAAACGUGUUGCUCCAGCUCCGGCAAGUGGAAAUGAGGAAAAUAUCGUUGCGCCUGAACCUCAAAAAACGCUCGAGGAGCCCUCUGUAAUGGAAAAGCUGCAGCACGCAAUACGAGAGAAGGAUGCUCAAUUCACAUUUGAUAUUUUAUCGAAAAAUAGGCCAUUUGAUCAGGCGAUGAAUAAGACCAUGACAAAAAUGGAAUUUUCGCCGGAUUACUCCGAUCCUUCCUCAGAAUUUAUGCUUCUCUCAGUGGAUGAAUCAGUCAUCGGAGCCUUUAGUGAAGGUCAAAGCCUCACAAUUCGCGGAGAUUCAACUGACGACGCGGUUCUGUGCACAGACAACGCCACAUUUCCCAUGAAAAUUAUCGAAUCCGCCACAACGGUUCUUCUUCUUCAUAAAUGCCUGGAAGCUCCAGAUUCACCGACGCUUCCGAAUUUUCAGGUGAAAACUAUCGGUGGAAAAUGCUUCUCAACAGGCGAGCUGUGUCCCCAAGUGGAUGUUUUGAGCAUCGGACGGCUUAAGGAUAUGCUCCGCGAGCAGGAGCUACGUUGGGACUGGAAGGAUCGUGAGGAAGAGGAGAAUCUAAAGGGUUAUAAGCUUCGAGACCUGCUGAAUAGUGUUCAAAUGAGUGUUGAAGAAGUGAAAAUUGCACUCAAUGAUUUGCCGGUUGUAAAGUUUUCAAGCGGAAGAUAUCGAUAUUUAUCUCAUAAAUAUCGUGGAGAAAUGCUCGGAUUAAUUGUGGAGCUUCUCGAUGAAGAUUCAAUCGGUGAUGUGAAGCUGGAGAAGAUUUCCCGAGCCUCUCUGCGCUCCAAUCUUCCAGAAAACGUCCCCGACGAGGUAAUUGACUGGUUCCUCAACUCCCGAUGCGAACAGAAUCCUGAGGAUCCUUUCACCUACCGCCUGCCUGAGAUCAACCUGAUCCGCGACCUAACCGUCGUCAUUCUCUAUGGAACCCAAAAAAUGCCUCUCCAACAGUUUCGUGAACUCCUGCACAAGAUUCUACCAUAUGGAGUCACUAUGAACAUUGCCCAGCUGGAAGGUGUCGCCGAUAUUUCUGAUGCUCCAUUCGGAAAAGUGAUCUCAUACCUAUCACCGGAAGAUCUUCCUGAUACUAUUAAAGAAAGAAUGUUAUAUCUUUUUGAAUAUCGAAAACUCUGGUCUAUGGAGCAACUUCGUCCAUAUUUCAAGGAUGUUUACAAAUCGAAAGUUGCUUUUGAUAAGUAUGUUGUUCAGAAUUGUGAUUAUGCGCUUUCUGAAUCAAAUGAGAUGCUCUAUUGUGGCGUGCGAUAAUUUUUCUUUCAUAUUUUGUAAAUAAAUGCUUUCAAGUACC